AUGAUAGAGUUGGAACCAAUAGAAUACUCUACAGCAAACGAUUCAUUUAAAGGAAUUUAUUUCGUUUAUGCAGUCACACGAAUCGUAGUCUAUUUUUUAUAUACAGUCUUUAUAUCGAUACUACUCUACAAAGUACUUCGAAAGAUUUAUAAAAAGAGGAAUAGACAAGACUAUACGACCGAUUCGUAUCAGACAACUAGAGACCACACCGUCCCCAUCAUAUACCUUUUUUCCAUCAUCUUUUUAUUCUCUCGGUUCGUUGCCGCCAUCAUCAGCAUUAUCGAUAAUGUACGGUACGACCCAGAAUCAGUGACACACGAACGUCUGCUUGUGGCAUACUAUAGUCUACUCGUCGUAGGGACAUCGAGCAAUUUCAUCAGUUGGUUUGAGAUUGGGUACUUUUGGAUUCUGACAUUCUACCUCUUUUACGGUACUAUUGCAGGUGGCGACCUGUAUGCGAUUAAUCCUCGUGCCAGAAUCAUUGUAGAUCGAUGUCUCAAGGUAACAGUAUCCAUUCUCACACUCGUCAUGGUAGCCAUCGUCAUUGCACUCAAUGUCAAGUGGGAGAGUCACGAAGCGAUCGAUAUGGCCUACUACAUUGUGUUUCUGGGCUUUGUUUUGUUUGCUGGCGUCUUGUUUUCAUAUCACGGCCAUCACUUGACACAAGCACUAAAGUCAGAGUUGGGAAAGGCCAACUUUGGACCACACGAGGCCAAGAAACAAGAGUUUUCAGCUUCCAUUAUCCGUAUCACCUACUUGGUCCGAUUGCUGGCCAUCAUGGUCAUCAUCGUCAUUGCCAAGACGGUGGUACUCGUCUUUUUGUUUAAACGUACGUUUGGCGCAAGUACACUCGAUGACUUUAUUUCCUUUGUCAUUGAAAUGUGUCAAACUUCAACCAUCAUCCUUGCAGUCCAUCCCAGACGUGCCAAGGCCCUCAAAAAUGGUUCAGACACUUCUUCUGGAUCAUCUGGAUCGAAUAACAGCAACAAAUCAAAAGGUACAAUUACUGGAUCACAAACGAGUAAGAAAAAGUCAGCGAGUGGUAGAAGUAGAUCAGCGACCAAAUCUUCCAUUUCUUCAUCUUCUUCAAAUGAAGAUAAAUCGGGUGUUUCAUCAUCAAACAAUCAACAACAACAGGUAGUUAUAGAGUUGGGUGAAAUUGAAUCAUCCUCCUCUACUGAAAAUCAACAACAAAUAGUUGUUGUAGUCGAACCAACAACAAGCGGUGAUUUGGAUACGCGUCCAUGUCUCGAAUAA